AUGCCUCCCAAACGACGACGUUCAGCCUCGCCCUCUAAAGCGCGUAAACGAGCUCGCGUUCCAGAUGAAGAUGUGAUCGUGAUUUCUGAUGAGGAGGAUGACCUGGAGGAAAUUCUGGCUCUCAUCAAGCAAAAUGAAGAAAGCGAGAAGUUGGCCAGGCAGUUGAAUCAGUCAACGCAUCAUAGCACACAAGAGUGUGAUGAUGACGAAGCGCUAGCCAGGCGUCUAGCUGCUGAAUGGGACGCGUUAGACCAAACGCAAGAAAACCCCGAACCUGGACCCUCAAAGAGCGGAUCCGCCUCCGAGCCAAGAAGCCACAUUCACAAUGAGCUCGAUGCUUCCCCAGACAUAAAAUUGAACGAAUUCCGGCCGUUUUUCACUGCUGCGCGUCCCUGCAGCAAAUGCGGCAAGAUGGUUGCAGCUCCUCGUGGCUUCGUCGUAUUCUCACCAACACCCAUUCCAGGAGGCAUUACUCCCUCGCUAGGAAUGUUAUUACAUGCUUCCUGCUCCUCCUGCGAUACGAAUCAUUGUCGCGGCUGUUUUUCUCCACUGCAAUGCUCUUCAUCUUGCAAAGGAGCUGGCGGCUUCAAAAGCCAAAAAUGUAAGGUAGAGUCGUGCUGUGCUGGCGUCCGAGCCAUUGCUAUUUUCGAGUGUCUAGGAGGCUUCGAUCGGCUAACUUUGGGAGAAAAAGUCUCUUCAGAAUCGCGUUCAUCUCAGCUCGCCAGACAAAAGUACCCCAAAAGCAGAACUGUCGGUCCUGGUGGAACAGGAUACGGCACUGGUGGACAAACAGGCUAUAGCCCCGGAAAUUCGAAGAAUAAGGCCGCCGCCGCCGCCGCCGCCGCCUCUCGACAGAACCAGCUUUCUGACCAUUGGGACGAGCUUAUUGUUCGCGCCUUCCAAACACUCACGCAACUUUUACCCUCGCCUUACGCCGAUGAUGCACAAGAAUAUGACCUACUUCCACAUUCCUCCAUCGGCGAUCUUAUUUCCCUCUCGCAGAUUCCAGAGUUACUUGCUGUGCUGUUGCGUAACGACUCGGUGACCGAUUGGACCGCUCGCAGUCAGGUCUACUAUGCUAUGAUUGCCCUUCUUCGGCGGAUGUCCGACUGCGAGCUAACAGUUGAAGUCAUCAUCAAUCGACGUUUUUGCAUGGAGAAAGCACCUGGACUGGAAGAUUGGAUGUGGGGAGAUGAUACGUCAACUGAACUAGUUUGGGCCCGUGACAAGGAUGGACAGUUAGAGCGAGCACCCCCAUUAUACGACUACUUCAAGAAAGUUGCCAAACAAUGCGAAGCAUUUCUUGCUGGCGCGCGAACUAUAAUGGACAGCGACGAAGAGCACGAUGACACGGAGACCGUCCAGGCGAUAUCGCUCUGUGGAGAUCUGCUGGCCGCUGGAAACGACAUGGAGCGGGCAAUGUCUAUUCUAGGUCGUGAAUCCAAUACUGCAUCCACAAUACAGUCCUCUCCUUCCAAAGUGAAAGGAAAGACCAGAGACCCUGCUGUAGAGCUUGAACGGAACUACUCCAAAUCCUGCGAAGGGCUGGCCUUUUCUCAUGUGGAAAUGGACAUGAGGAAGUACAACUACCAUGAUCUACUAAAGCAGACAGAGAUAUCGACCAGGGCGCCGAAACACCGCUUACAUUUGCUCAAGGAGUUGGCGACAAUGGCAACAAGCCUCCCUCCAGGUAUUUUCGUUCGUGUCGAUGAAGUUCGGAAUGACGCCAUUAAGGUCAUGAUUGCUGGGCCCGAAGGGACGCCAUACGCCGGCGGCCUGUUCGAAUUCGAUUGUUACAUGCCCCUGGAGUAUCCUACGACGCCCCCGCUUGUUUAUUUGCGCACCACAGGUGGAGGGACUGUUCGUUUCAACCCAAAUCUUUAUAAUACAGGCAAAGUGUGCCUUUCUUUACUGGGGACAUGGCCGGGUCGACCGGAAGAGCAAUGGUCCCCAUUCAAAUCGACUUUUCUGCAAGUCUUAGUGAGCAUACAAAGCAUGAUUCUAAUAGAUGCGCCAUACUUUAACGAACCCGGUCAUGGACAAGUCAACCCAAACGCACCAGCCAGCGUCAUGUACAAUCUCGAGAUCCAGCGACAGACGUGUCGUUGGGGAAUCGUCGAGUGGCUAGAGGAGUCGAACAAGCGUGAGAUGUGGAAGGACGUUAUCGGAGCCCACUUUAGUAUCCGAAAAGACAGGAUUCGCCAGCAAAUGCAAGCAUGGUCCGAGUCAAACUCUGGGAUUCGCUCAUAUUUCGGGGGACGCUCAACGCAAGUGGUAGAUCUUAUUGAGCGAUUCGAUACGCAAAUCAGAAACUGGGUCGAGUAA